GUCAAGGAAUCUCUCGAUUCCAGGAGAUCCCGUUUGAGUUUGGGGAAAGUGACCCUCAACGUGCCGGAGAAGUUGAAGGGUUACGAAGAGCUGCUCGGAGGGGAUCCCGGAUCAGAUUUUGUUGAGCCCAAAGGAAUCCAACAGAACGUCCAGGCUUUGGAGCAGGCCCUGCGCUAUCCUCUGAUUUACCGCGAAGGGAAAGCCAGGCUGGAUCGCUACCAGAAACCUUACGUGUCCGCCAAAAAGAAGGUCUUGAGGAUCCAGGCGCCGAAGCCUCGGAAGACCAGAAUGGAACGGCUGGAAGAAAUCCUGCUGGAGCUCCGGAAGCCCCGGAACGUUGUCCACGUCCCGCUAGGUAAGGGGGCUCACGUGCUCGGAUGCGGCCCCAGAGCCCCUGAGAAGGGACCACCACCACCCCCUCCCUCCCCCCACAAGGCCGGUGGUCGAUCCAGCGAGGGCUUUGGAAGAGAUCUGGAAGAUGGGAAUGGCCCCAGGUCUACUUCAGGGAAAGGCAACAGCUGCCCUAGAUUGGUUCACAAAGACAACCCAGAG